CUUAACUAGAGUGGCUACAAGCAACUGAAGAAAUAUUUGAACUAGAAGUUCAACUUCAGAAAACAGAAAUGCUUCAAGAUGAAAUCUUUAUCCUCAAGAGAUCACUGUAUGAAGCAGAAUUUGAAUUCAGAAGAUUGGAAGCUUCAUAUCAGACGCUAUCCUUGGAGUUUGAGGAGCUGAAGGCCAAGAAUGCAUCUUAUAUUGGAAGAAUCUCAACCACUGAGAAAGUUACAUCUGAGUUGGAGGACUGCAAGCGCAGUAAAAUUGAGUUUGAGGAACAAAUCCUACGGCUGCAAUGGAAUCUAAAAACAAAAGAAGCUUCCUGUAUCAAUAAUGCCCAGUUAAAGUAUGAAAUUGCCCAAAUGACAAAAGACAAUGCUGAGCUUCACAGGAAGAAAGAUUUUCUUCAACAAGAGAAUGAAGAGUACAAGAACAAGGUUAAAGAUCUUGAAGAAAGGCUGAAACAAAAGAAGGAUGUAAAAGAAGACCAUUAUGACGCCAAAGAUUGCAGUACUUCUAACACUGCCAUACAUGAUUUGAACAUUUUUACAGGAACAGGAUAACUGAAGCAGUACCAAAUCCAGUGAAGGGUCAUUCUUGCCAGAUCGUUUACAUUAGAACCAUUCUCUUUGUUCCUUUUUCUGUACAAGACUGCAAGUCAUAACAAUGUAGCUGAUUUUAACUUUUCCUAAUUUCGAAAUCAUUAUUUUAUGGGUUUUCAAUCCAAAGAACCUGGCUUUCAGGUCCAUGAAAUUCCAUUCCUACUAGUUCUUUCUCCACUCUAUUUGCCACCAAUUAUGCCUGCGUUAUCUUGUUAAAAUUUCAUGUA